AUGCUGGAUCAAACGUGGCUCGUCGCUAUCUUUCAAGUCUUGACAUUGACGCAAACUGUCGUUGGAUAUCGCUGGCCUUCACCUCAAUAUGACGCCCUCGAAGGCCUUCUGUACGAAGGAAGAAGGAGAGACGGAUCUAACCUUGCUUCUAUCCAGCAUCCUUGCAAGAAUAGACCUGGAUCACGGGCUUCUAUAGGAGCGGAAUGGCUUCGUUUGGCCUACCACGACGUUGCAACGCAUAACAUUGAAACAGGGACCGGUGGAUUGGAUGCUUCAAUAGCCUUCGAGCUGGACAGAGCCGAGAACUUUGGCAAUGGGAUGCACGAAUCAAUUGAAGAUUUUGAAACCUUUCCCAGCAAAUACAUUUCCAGAGCGGACGUGAUAGCAAUCGGAACCAUCCUCGGAGUCGCCUCUUGUGGAGGUCCAAUCAUUCCCUUUAGAGGAGGACGUAUCGACGCUCUCUCUGCCGACGUGGCUGGGGUGCCAGAACCACACCAAGACCUCGAGACACAUACAGAGAUCUUCCGCCGCCAAGGAUUUAGUCAAGAAGAAAUGAUCGGCCUGGUCGCUUGUGGACACACCAUGGGUGGUGUGCGAAGCUCGGAUUUCCCUGAUAUAGUUCCUCCCCAAGAUGACUCCGAACGUUUUGCGGAUUUCGAUGACACCCAUGAAUUCGACAACGAUGUAGUCGUGAAGUAUAUCGACGGGACAACCCAGAAUCCUCUCGUAGUGCAUGCGAAUAUGACCCUCAACUCUGACUUGCGGAUAUUUGAAAGCGACGGCAAUGCUACGAUGCGGAGGCUCGCUUCCCCUGAAGACUUUUCCUCAACCUGCGGUACAUUGUUGGAAAAAAUGCUCAAUGUCGUCCCUUCGAAUGUUGUCCUUACGGAGGAAAUUACCAUGUUGCCUGUCAAGGUCACCGACGCGCACUUGACCAUUGAGAAUGAGCAACUCGUUUUCAAGGCAUCCCUGCGAAUUGCCCAACCCAUAUCAGCGCCCAACAAGAACAGGCUGGUUAAGAUCUUUUGGUGUGAUCGUUAUGGUGCCAACAAGGACUGCGAAAAUAGAACUGGGAAGACUGCAGGGGUCGCAUCAAGUCCCAGGAUCGACGACCCCCAAGUCUCGCCCCUCACAUUUAGGGCUGGAUUCCAGUUUGUCCACUACGACUUUAUCGUCCCCAUCGAUACCGAGGAGUCGCUCUCAAAGUUCUGGUUCGAGGUGGAUGAAAAGGACGGAACCAAGCCGAAGCGACACGACAACGACGGCGAAGGUUAUGUUUUGCAGCAGGACAACGUGAUUUACGUACCUCGACUCAGCUCCAUCUCUUUCAACCGGGAGGACCGCACCCAAAAGACUUAUUAUAUCACCGCCGGUGUCAAGAGUGGUGCAUCUCCUUCGCGGGUCUAUAUGUCUGCUUUCGAUAGUGCAACAGAUGCAUUUAGCACAAUUAUAGAUGAAGACGUCGACAUGGCGCUCAACGAGACACUUCCGUCCGCUGCUGGAUAUACUUUCUAUUCAGCAAGCAUAGAAUCUCCAGGAACCCAGCUUACUGUCGAUCUACAUGCAGUGAUCGACGGUGAAACGUAUACUGAAGACUACAUGCAGACCUUCUUUGUUGCAGGAAGGACUCCGUCCACGAAACCAACCAACGUCACCAUCGUCGACAUCGUACCCCCCACUAAAGAUUUGGACAGUUCUGCAACUGCCAACAUUCUAUCCCUGGACAUUAUUAUUGGACUGUUAGCUCUUUCGGCGUUUAUCUUCUAG